CAGGGACACUGGCAACCCGUCCUGUCCCCCAAACACAGGGACACGGGCAACCCAGCCUGUCCCCCAAAAACAGGGACACGGGCAACCCAGCCUGCCCCCCAAAACUGAGGGACAUGGACAUCCCAGCCUGUCCCCCAAAAGUUGAGACACAGGCAACCCAUCCUGUCCCCUAAAAAUGAGGGCCAUGGACAUCCCAGCCUGUUCUCCAAAAACAGGGACAUGGACAACCCACCCUGCUCUUCCAAAUGGGGACACGGACAAUCCAUCUGUCCCCCAAAAACAGGGACACAGACAACCCAGCCUCUCCCCCAAAUCAGGGACAUGGAUGACCUGCCCUGCCCUCUCACAUGGGGACAUGGACAACCCAUCCUGUCCUCCAAAAACAGAGACAUGGACAUCCCAUCCUGUCCCCCAAAAACAGGGACACGGACAACCCAGCCUGUCCCCCAAAAAGAGAGACAUGGAAACCCCAUCCUGUCCCCCAAAAACAGGGACACGGACAACCCAGCCUGUCCCCCAAAAACAGGGACACGGACACCCCAUCCUGUCCCCCAAAUGGGGACAUGGACAACCUGCCCUGACCCCCAAAAUGGGUUCACCCCUUGCCAUGAUGCCACAGCUGAUCUGCAGUUCCAGUGCAAAGGAAAAUGCUGUGGGAAGGUGUCUGUGUGUCGCUCUCUCUCCACCUCAUCCACUAGGAAAAAAUCUUGGCCCUGGCAGCAGCCAUAAAUUGUACUUAUUUUACGAUUAUGACCAUGCAAAAGCAUUAUUGAUUUCUCAUGAAACCGCUAAGGAGUCCCCGAGUGGAGGAGCCCAGGGGCGUUUGCCUGCAGGAUUCCUCUCACUGUGUGUCUGCCUGGGCAUGGCACAGCUCUUCACAGGGGGAGGGAGCACUGGGAGUCCUGGAAGUGUCCAGCACCCUCCCCUCUGCACCCCACAGCUGGUCCUUCUCUUUCUCUCCAGUCUCUAUUUCUGCCCUCAUCCUUUGCCACAUCAGUUUUGGGAUUUUGCCCUCCCUGCUGAGCAUCAGCUGACAGAGAGCCCAGGACAGGGCCUCAGCAGAGGUGGGCUACAGGGGUAAAAGGAACAGAAGCCAGACCCAGGAGCACACCAGAAGAUGACAGGAGCUGCAGACCAGACCUGUGGGCCCUUAGGACAGGCACCACUUUGCUCAAGCUCCACACUGGUCCUUCUCCCAGUGGGUGUGAGACUGGCAGGGCCCGUGUACAGUCCAGCUUGGUGCUCAUCAUUAUGCACUUCCCAAAUCUCUACCUGACUCUGGGCAGCAUGAACAGCCUCCCCUGGGGGACCCCAGCAUGACUGCAUCUCAAAAAUCACCUCUGGGUGCCAGAACUGCUCCUGGCUGCUGGUGGGCCUUGGCUGGGGCACUGCUGAACCCAUGACCCCAAACAUCUGUCCCUGUGACCAGACACCUUCCUUCCUCCACUCCAAGUUUGGCAAAUGCACCUCAACUGCUCAAACACCGAGCCCAAGGGUGCCUGGCAGGGAUUGUGCCUGUGGGAUCCAGUUCUGGAAGGGCAGGACAGUUCCCCCAGGUUUUGCUGCUCUCCAUUCACAGAGCAGCUCUUUCCCUGGAUUUUGCUGCUCUCCAUUCACAGAGCAGCUCUUUCCCUGGAUUUUGCUGCUCUCCAUUCACAGAGCAGCCCUUUUGCUGGCGAGGGAUUACUCCUGCUAAUAAAUCACGCGCCGUACCCCGCCAGCAGCUUACACGGCCAGUAAUUAAUUACUGCUCGGAUGAACGGCACCAGCCACGGAUCAGGGCGGGCACUGGGGACUGGCAUAACCUGCUCCUUAUCCUCCAGACCCCAGCCAUGUCAUCCCCAGACCCCAGGCAGGGCUGAGCCCUGAAGGCUGGGAUUCAGAGCAGCAGCUGUGGCCAGGAGCUGGUUGCCAUACCCCCGGCACAUCCCUAUGGAGGGGAGCUCUCUGGGAGCACCUCCAUCCCAGGAAGGGGCUCUCAACCCCCCCAAACACUGAGAAACCCACACAGCCAACAAAACCCCACCAGAAACAUGAUCCAUGUGGCAUUUCCUCACCUUUAAGGCAAGGAUGCUGUGCCAAGGAGGCACUGAGGACAGGCUACACACGGGCCUGCACUGGCUCCUCACAUCCCACAACAGCAGCAGAGCUCCAGCUCCUGCAGAAAUCCCUGGCAAAGCUCUCCCCAGCAUCACAGGGAUUUCCCGGAGACCUGAGCAGGGAGCCAUGCCAGCUGGGAAAAAACCCAUCCCUGCAGUUCAGGAGCAGCCUCUGAAUUUCCCCGAGAGACAUCAGCAAAGCAGCAGAAAAUGCAAAGCUGUUUGUUACCCGCCCAGCAAAUGAAAUUCCUAAUUAUCCAUCCAUCACCAAGCAGAGGAUUUAAAGACUCUGCCCUUUGAAUUAAAAAUUCACAACUCCAGCUCUGCCAUGGCCCAGGAGCUGCCCUGGCACCAAGCCAUGGGCCAGGAGCACUUGGGCUCAGGGAGAAAAGGGAGAUGAAAAGGAGUCUCCUGCUGCCAAUCCAAGCAGUGACAGCCAGAGCAAGGGAGAGGGGAAGGGUGCAAAGGAAAAAGAGCAGGAAGGGGCUUCUGGGGGAAAGAGAAAGCCCCAUGGCGAUGGGGUUAUUUGCAUCUGCCCAGGGUGUUGAGCCCCGGGGCUCUGCUGGUUUCCCUCCCAUGAAUUUGGGGGAAAACACAGCCCCCCAUCCCUCUCUCCAGCAGGGACUGGUGCUCAGGGCCUGCCUGUUUGAAACCAAGGAUGGCAAGCUAACAGACUCUGAGAGGUUAAGAGGGGGAAAAAAAAGAAGAAAAAGAAAAAAAAAAGGCACUUCAAAAAAGAUAAAGCCCCAAACAAAAAGCCUCAAGGAGAUCCAGGCAUGGCAGCCGGGCUCAGGCUCGGAGAGGCGCACGCAGAGGCAUCACAGCAUCUUCCUUUCAUCUGCAUGGGGAUGACAGACUUUAAAAGGCCAAUUUAUAAAAAUGAAGCCUAGAGGAGAGACAUCUGGCAGGUCUGAGGAGGCGGCGGCGGGGAUUACUAACCCUGUGCCACAUAUCCAACCCCCCUGCCCAGAGCACAGCCAGCAGCCCCCAGCCAGGAUCCAACAGCACGGCCUGGAGUCAUGGGGUGGUUUAAGGGCAGCCCCUGGGACUGCAGAGCCAUCCCCGCCCCU